AUGACUUGGCAUGUUAUUCGCCAGCAAUCUACAAGAGUGGGAGAUCCAUUAUUUUCAUAUAUUAACACUGGGCGCUUCUCUGAAAAAAAUCGAGUGUAUUUCGAAGAAUUCACCAACUGGAAAACAGGUGUUAGCCUAAACGUAUCGCAUAGUGCCAUAAGGCAACAAGAGUCUAUUUCCCCUGCCUGGGAGUAUCCUGAAAACGGUUUCUUCUGGAGUCCAAAUUCUCGUGUUGAAGAUGGAUAUCCUGAAGAGGAAGCAAUCGCCUGUUACGAAGAAAUUGAUCAUCCAUCCGGUUAUAGAACAACUGAUCGUUUUGAAGUAAAUCAAUACCGAUCAUUUGAAAAUGGAACCGUUUUUGUGAGUUGUGGAAGAUUUGAAGGACAUGUAAGAAAAGUUAGUGAACCAGUAUACGGUUGCUACUAUAAUGAGACAGUUUAUGAACUUGGAAAGAAAUGGCUAGAGCCGAAUCCUGGAGAAAAAUGGCCGUUGAAACGAAUCAUGAUGUGUACAAAGCCAAAUGAUGGAUAUUUUGAGAGCAAACUUGUUGGAUGCACGAAAGAGAAUAUCUACAACACCACUGAUAAGCACAUCAAAGAAAUAAUCUAUUAUGAUGAAAUAAAUCUGAAUUCAACAAAUGAAGAAGCUCCAUUUUUCAAAUGUGUGGAGACAAAGCCAGGAAAUGUGGAGUUAGUGGAAGUCAAUCACAGAAUGAUUCUUGGAUGUGUAGUUGACAAUGUUUGGCACCAGCGAUGGACUCCAUGGAAAGAUGACAAACGAGGUGCAAUUUUUCAAUGUGAAGACUAUGAGCAGUACGAGAAAAAAUAUUGUUAUGUUGCUGGACGUCAGUUUGAAAUUAAUCGUGAGCUGAAACUGACGAACGGAUGUACGUUUUUGUGCCACCCGCAAACAAAUAUUUACAAUUGUGAUCAAACUUCAAAAAUGUUUAAAGUAGUCGGAAAGCCAAGAAUGUCUAAAUUAAUGUGA